UCCCGCCAUGUAUUCUUUUUCCCGGGGAUUUCCGUUGUUAUAUUCCCGCCUCAUUUAAAGAUACCCAUUUCUCUUCACCAUUCUCAAACACAAUUUCACCCAUUGCUUCUUAUUCUCUCUCUCUCUCUCUCUCUCUCUCUCUCUCUCUCUCUCUCUCUCUCUCUCUCUAAACUCAACAAUGUCGUCUUCUCGUCGCCAGACCAAUGGCAGAUCCCCACUCGUUAAUCAGCAACGCCAAAUCACUGCCUUCUUCUCCAAAUCCCCUACUUCUUCUUCCGAUCAAAAGCUCAACAAUCCUACUCCUAAAUCUAAACUCAAGCCCGUUUCUUCCGAUCAAAAGCGUAGCCCUAGUCCCAGCCCUGUCACCCCAUCUCCUCUUCAAUCGAAGCUCAAGAAACCCCUUUUAGUUAUCGCCGCAUCUUCUCCCUCUUCUAUUACUUCGACUUCGGCUUCCGACAAACCCUACGGCGAAGAAGCUGUCGGAAAGAAGAUCAAAGUGUAUUGGCCGUUGGAUGAGAGCUGGUACGAGGGGUUUGUGAAAUCGUUCGAUAAGGAUCAAGGCAAGCAUUUGGUGCAGUAUGACGACGCGGAGGAGGAGUUGUUGGAUUUGGCUAAGGAGAAGAUUGAAUGGGUCAAACAAAGCGCGAAGAAACUCAAGCGUUUGCGUCGGGGUUCUUCUUUGAGUAUGAGGAAGAUGAUUAUUGAUGAUGAAGAUGAAGCUGAGAAUCUUGAAGAUGAGGAAGAGGGUGACAGUGACGGUAGUGGUGCUGAUGAUUCUAGUGAUGAGGAUUGGGGGAAGAGUGGGGAGAAAAUGGUUACUGAGAAUAGUGAGGAAGAGGAUAUGGAAAUGGUAUUGGAAGACGAGGAUGAGAAGGAUGAAGCAUUGAGGUGCAAAGGAAAGCCGGGUGUGGAAGGUAUAUCGAAGAAGCGAAAGAUUGGUGGAGCAGUAGAGUUUGACUCUGCUAAGAAGAGCAAGGGUAGUAAAGAUGUGAAUAAAGGUGGUUCUAAGGUUUCUAUCAUGCGAACUACCCCUACAGACAAUGCUGAAAAUGCGAAAUGUUCUAAUGCUGUUAAUGCUGAUUUAUCUGGUGAUGCUUCAGAAAGGUUUAGCAUCCGUGAAGCUAAGAAGUUGCACUUCCUCGGGGACGAACGUAGGGAUGCAAAUAGGAGGCGACCUGGAGAUCCAAACUAUGACCCUAAAACUCUUUUUUUACCUCCCAUAUUUGUAAAGAGCUUGUCAGAUGGCCAGAGACAAUGGUGGGAAUUCAAGUCAAAGCACAUGGACAAAGUUCUGUUUUUCAAGAUGGGCAAGUUUUAUGAACUUUUCGAAAUGGAUGCUCACGUAGGAGCGAAAGAGCUCGGUUUGCAAUAUAUGAAGGGAGAACAACCUCACUGUGGAUUUCCAGAGAAGAACUUUUCAGUGAAUGUUGAGAAACUGGCUACGAAGGGUUAUCGAGUUCUUGUGGUGGAGCAAACAGAAACACCUGAUCAGUUGGAGCUUCGUCGCAGGGAGAAAGGAUCUAAAGAUAAGGUUGUGAGACGUGAAAUAUGUGGAGUGGUUACAAAAGGAACACUAACUGAGGGGGAGAUGUUGUCAACCAAUCCUGAUGCUUCUUACAUAAUGGCAUUGACUGAAUCUCAGAAUGUGGGAACCCAAAAUGUGGAGCGGAAUUUUGGGGUUUGUGUAGUUGAUGUUGCUACCAGUAGGGUUAUUCUUGGACAGUUUCACGACGAUUCAGAGUGCAGUGCAUUGUCUUGUCUCUUGUCUGAGCUGAGGCCUGUUGAAAUUGUACAACCUGCUAAACAACUUAGUCUGGAAACUGAGAAAGUGCUGCUGAGACAUACAAGAUCUCCUCUAGUGAACAAACUAGUUCCGGGCUUGGAGUUCUGGGAUACUGAGAAAACUAUUCAUGAAGUGAAAGGCAUCUAUGAACGAGCUUCUGACCAAUCAGUUUCCAGUUCUUCAAGCAGAAAAGAUUUAAAGGUUAAGAAUUCUUCUACUGAGGAAGAAUUGUCUCACCUACCAGAUGUUUUAGUAGAGCUAAUAAGAGCGGGUGAGAAUGGAAGCUAUGCACUUUCAGCUCUUGGUGGAACUCUUUUCUAUCUGAAACAGGCUUUUCUGGAUGAGACAUUGCUUAGAUAUGCGAAAUUUGAGCUGCUUCCCUCGUCUGGUUUUUGUGAUCUUAUAUCAAAACCAUUCUUGGUUCUUGAUGCAGCUGCACUAGAGAACCUUGAGAUUUUUGAAAACAGUAGAAAUGGAGACUCCUUUGGGACACUUUAUGCACAACUGAACCAUUGUGUGACUGCAUUUGGGAAGAGGCUACUCAAAACAUGGCUUGCAAGACCUCUAUAUAAUGUUGAGUCCAUAAAGGAGCGCCAGAAGGCUGUGGCAAGUUUAAGGGGUGUUAAUCUACCUUUAUCAUUUGAAUAUCGAAAAGCAUUAUCAAGGUUGCCGGACAUGGAGAGACUGCUACCACGUGUGUUCUCUAUUAGUGAAGCUAAUGGGAGAAAUGCUAAUAAAGUUACCCUGUACGAGGAUGCAGCCAAGAAACAGCUUCAAGAAUUUAUUUCAGCUCUAUGUGGUUGUGAAUUAAUGGUCCAGGCUUGUUCUUCGUUUGGCGCCAUUUUGGAAAAUGUUGAAUCUAGGCAACUUCAUCAUUUGCUAAGUUCUGGAAUUCCUCACAUUGAUCCAGUUCUUACUCAUUUCAAGGAUGCCUUUGAUUGGAUGGAGGCUAAUGAUUCAGGUCGUAUCAUUCCUCAUGAAGGAGUUGAUAUAGAGUAUGAUUCUGCAUGUAAAAAGGUUAAGGAGAUUGAGUCUAGCUUAGCCAAAUACCUCAAAGAACAGUGCAAAUUACUUGGAGAUACAUCAAUUGCUUAUGUCACAGUUGGAAAAGAUACAUACCUAUUAGAAGUGCCAGAAAGUUUGCGUGGCCGCGUACCCCGAGACUAUGAGUUGCGCUCAUCCAAAAAGGGAUUCUUCAGGUACUGGACACCAAACAUUAAGAAGUUUCUUGGAGAGCUAGCUCAAGCUGAAUGCGAGAAGGAGUCGUCACUGAAAAGCAUUUUACAAAGAUUAAUUGGACGUUUCUGUGAGCAUCAUACUAAGUGGAGACAACUGGUGUCAACAACUGCAGAGCUGGAUGUUUUGAUAAGUCUUGCUAUUGCAAGUGACUUUUAUGAAGGACCUACUUGUCAGCCUACAAUACUGAGUUCAAGUACAGAUGAGGUGCCCUGUUUGUCUGCAAAAAGUUUGGGACAUCCUGUCCUGAGAAGUGAUUCCUUAGGCAAGGGUUCGUUUGUACCCAAUGAUGUUACUAUUGGAGGUUCUGGCAACCCUAGCUUUAUUCUUCUAACUGGCCCAAAUAUGGGUGGAAAGUCAACUCUUCUUCGUCAAGUUUGCUUAACUGUAAUUUUGGCCCAGUUAGGAGCUGAUGUGCCUGCAGAAAGAUUUGAGCUUUCUCCUGUUGAUAGAAUCUUUGUUCGGAUGGGUGCCAAAGACCAUAUUAUGGCAGGGCAAAGUACUUUCUUAACAGAGCUCUCUGAAACUGCAAUGAUGCUGUCAUCAGCAACUCAUAAUUCAUUGGUGGCACUGGAUGAACUUGGAAGAGGAACCUCAACUUCAGAUGGACAAGCCAUUGCUGGAUCAGUUCUUGAACAUUUUGUUCACAAGGUGCAGUGUAGAGGGAUGUUUUCUACUCACUACCAUCGAUUAGCCAUAGAUUAUCAGAAAGAUCCCAAGGUUCAGCUCUGCCAUAUGGCAUGCCAAGUUGGAAGCAGUGUUGGAGCUAUAGAAGAAGUAACAUUUCUCUAUAGGCUGACUCAUGGUGCUUGUCCUAAAAGCUAUGGAGUCAAUGUUGCACGAUUAGCUGGACUUCCCAACUCUGUCCUUGAAAAUGCAGCAAUUAGGUCUACCAACUUUGAGGCUAUAUAUGGUAAACACAGAAAACCAGUUAACAACUUGUCGGAGCUUAGUUCAGCCGAGAAAAUGGCACUAUUGGUCCAAAAGCUGAACAGUAUCAUCUCAAAUCUAAAGUUUGAGGAGUCUAUGGAGAGCAUUGGAGUCAGCAGCUUCAUUGAACUUCAGCGGGAAGCAAGAGUACUCUGUGAGAUAAAUUCGAGAUAGAUAUAUGUAUAUCAAAAGCUUUUGACCAUUUAAUGAAAACUGUUAGAGCAUCUUAAAGUUUUUACAGUUGCGGCUGUCAUUCGUAAGCCAAUUUUGCUCUUGGAUUUGAGUGAGGCUCAAUUCUAGCAUAGAAUGACACUGCAUGAGAGAAUGUUCCAUUAGAGUGAGGUAAGUUUCAUUUCAUUGUACAUAAAAUAUAAGAAUGGUCGUUUUAUGGCCCUGUAUAUUUUUCUCCUAAGAAAGACCCUCUAUUUUUUGUAUAUAUUAUUGAAUGUUAAUGAAGAGAUGUCGUGAUAAAUUUCUAUUA